CUUGAAGUCCCGCCUCCAAGAUGGCGGCGCCCAGUGCUCGGAGUCGUGACACUCCUCAGAUCAGCUUCCAGUGAUAUCCUGAAUGUAACCUGCGGGGGCUAUGGAUCGCACUGGGUUUACGACCUCUUUGGUGGCUGGUGGGGUAGCAGGUGUCUCCGUUGAUUUGAUAUUAUUUCCUCUGGAUACUAUUAAAACCAGGCUGCAGAGUCCCCAAGGAUUUAACAAGGCUGGUGGUUUUCGUGGAAUAUAUGCUGGCGUUCUUUCUACUGCUAUUGGAUCCUUUCCUAAUGCUGCUGCCUUUUUUAUCACCUAUGAAUAUGUGAAAUGUUUUUUGCAUACCAAUUCAUCUUCAUAUUUGAUGCCCGUGAAGCAUAUGUUGGCUGCCUGUGCUGGAGAAGUGGUUGCCUGCUUGAUUCGAGUUCCUUCUGAAGUAGUUAAGCAGAGGGCACAAGUGUCAGCUUCUUCAAGAACAUUUAAAAUUUUUUCUAACAUCCUGUAUGAAGAGGGCAUCCAAGGAUUGUAUCGGGGCUACAAAAGCACAGUUUUAAGAGAGAUACCUUUCUCAUUGGUCCAGUUUCCAUUAUGGGAAUCCUUAAAGGCCCUCUGGUCCUGGAGGCAGGAUCGUGUGGUGGAUUCUUGGCAGUCAGCAGUCUGUGGAGCUUUUGCAGGUGGAUUUGCAGCUGCAGUCACCACGCCUCUGGACGUAGCAAAAACAAGAAUCAUGUUGGCAAAGGCCGGUUCCAGUACUGCUAGUGGAAACGUGCUUUCUGCCCUGCAUGGGGUCUGGCGGACACAGGGGCUGUCAGGAUUAUUCGCAGGUGUCUUCCCUCGCAUGGCAGCAAUCAGUCUGGGAGGUUUCAUCUUUCUGGGUGCUUACGAUCAAACUCGAAGCUUGCUGUUGGAGCUUGGUACAGAAGGUUCAUGAAUCAGUGAUGGCCCCACAUCCACUACUUUCAAAAAGAUGACUGCUGUGAGAACUGCCUCUUUCCGGUGAGCAGCUGCUUGGCCAUUUGAGCCACAGAACGCAGGCAGAAAGCCAGUUUUGCUAAUAUUAUAACAGAGAUUCUGUCUUCCACACUGCCGGCUAGAAUGAUGUCAUCAGUUUGUUUGCCAGAAAUUUAAAACGAUGGCCACAGAGGCACUUUUGAACAAUUUUCUCAGAACCCCUUAAUAAAUGUGUCUGGUAAUAUUGA